CUCAGCGAGAGCUACCGCUGCUCUUAACAGUGGUUGUUCAGCAACGGUGCUCCUGCCUGUUUCAUUCUUCAUAUUGACAGCCUUGCAUGUGUAAGAAAGCGAAUAACAUUAAUGGACUCUGAAAUACCGAAGUCUUCAUCAUCUCAAAAUAGCUAACUAGCUAUAGGAUUUCUGGAGAACGGAACGUAUCAACAAAACGGCAGCGUGCAAAAACUCAGUCCGACUCUUGCUCUUCAGGGAUCAAGGAAUGGUUGGAUUAACAGGAACGCCAGGACUAAAACAAACAUUCAGUGGUUUACAGAUCCUUGGUAUGAUUUCGCCUGAGAAGGGUAGCUAUUCUUUCUGAGUCUUUGUGUUGUAUAGCUAGCGAGCUAUUUGCCAACCUUAGCUAAAUUAGAAAUCUGUAAAAGGACAGAUAUCCUGCUAGCUAAGGAGCUAACUUAGCACACCGAUUCGAAAUUGGGUUAAUUUUUUUACUUGCUAGCUGAGUUGAUUGUUUAUGUGAUGAUAAGUGAGGAAGUGGAGAAAGUUGCUACCGACCUAGUUAUCCAUUUAAGUAACGUUAUUUACGUAAAAUCACAUUCCUUUGUCUAACUAGCUAGUCAUUGGGAAAUUAACAUCAUGUUACUGAUGGAAAGGGAAGACAGAUUUAAAGCUUUUUAACCCCUUCGAUUCUAGAUUACUGGCUGUUAGCGGUCUUGGCUUUGUUGGAUAGACGGAAACUAACUAAGUGAAGAUAAAUCGAUUCUGUCGGUGAUGAUCGAGGAAAGGAAAACCAAAGAUAGAAUAAAUAUUUCGUCGUGUUCUUGUCUAGGUUGCUAUGCAGAAGUGUUAUUCUUGGUUCGCAUCCUAAACGAAUAACUUGAACCAGCAACGUUAAAAUUACUAUCCAGUAUCAAUGUGUUGCUGUUCUAACGUUAUUGCUAAGCCAAGUCUUGCGACUAGACGGUAACGUGUUUACUUGCUACACUGACAUGGAAAAAACGUUACUGGAAUUAAUUGUGUAGACUCUGACUCACCAGACGUAGCAUUGAUUUAUCUGAACAAAUUACAGAAAAGAUCCCAAGAUUCGAUGCCACACAAAAUAAGCAGUUUUUUUGCGAGCUGCGCUGCAAGUGUGACCAAUCUGCCUAAUACAACUGAAGCAUAUAGCCAUUACCGAAGUUCAGUGUAAUUUCAUUUAAGAAAUUUGGACAUUCGUACGACCACAAGCUAACUAUGGCAGCGGUGGUAAAUUACUCGCCUCCUUGGUGGGUGAACCUACUACACAGAUUACCCCACUUCAAUCUACAGUUCGAACAAAUAAGCAGCGAUUUUCGCCCAGAAGAUUCGGAAUACCAAAAGUCCGUCCUGCUGCUGGGAGGUGUGGCUCUGGCCUGCCUGGCCCUGGACCUCCUGUUCCUGCUCUUCUACUCCUUCUGGCUGUGCUGCCGGCGCAGGAAAAACGAGGACCAGCCCAACGCUGACUGCUGCUGCACGGCUUGGUGCGUCAUCGUGGCCACGCUGGUCUGCAGCGCUGGCAUUGCUGUGGGUUUCUAUGGGAACGGCGAGACGUGUGACGGGGUCAACCGGCUCACAUACUCUCUCAGGAACGCCAACCGCACCGUGUCCGGAGUGCAGAAGCUGGUGUCAGACAGCACCACCUCACUGAACCAGACUGUUGAGGAUGGCCUGGAGCAGCUGGAGACCCAGUACACCAAGCACACGGACUACCUGUCCAUCGUGCAGAAGCUACAGGGUCAGCUGGACGAACUGGUUCGGCAGAUGGCAGAAAUCCCCUUCUGGAGCAACAGUGACAUCUCCUUGGAGGAUCUGGCAGUGAAAACGGAGCUCUUUGACUGGUACAGGUGGCUGGCGUAUUUGGGCCUCCUGCUGUUCGAUGUCCUCAUCUGCCUGCUGGUGCUUUUUGGCCUCAUUCGCAACUCCAAGGGGACCCUCAUUGGUGUCUGUUUACUGGGCGUCUUCACGCUCAUCAUCAGCUGGGGGUCCCUGGGCCUGGAGCUGGCUGUUGCCGCGACGUCCAGUGACUUCUGCGUCUCCCCUGACAUGUACAUCACCAAAGUGACGGAGGAGAACGCCAUAAUCAAUAAAGAUAUUCUGCAGUACUAUCUGAAGUGCAGCAUGGGACAGCCUAACCCGUUUCAGCAGAAGCUGUCGGGGAGUCACAAAGCGCUGGUGGAGAUGCAGGAUGACGUGGCGGAACUGCUGCUCUCCGCGAUUCGAGAGUAUCCACAGACCAAGGGGAACCUGGAGCAGAUCCAGGGGGUGCUGAACACCACGGAGAUCGGCCUGCACCACCUCACGGCUCUGGUGGACUGCCGCAGCCUGCACAUGGACUACGUGCAGGCUGUGACAGGCCUGUGCUACGACGGGGUGGAAGGCCUGAUCUACCUGGUGCUCUUCUCCUUCGUCACGGCGCUCAUGUUCAGCUCCAUCGUCUGCAGCGUGCCGCACACCUGGCAGAGCAAGAGGAAUGAGGAGGACGGAGAGGAGGAGUCCGUGGCUCACGGCACCCGGCAGACUCACGAUAACCUGUACCGCGUUCACAUGCCUAGUCUGUACAGCUGCGGCAGCAGCUACGGUAGUGAGGCCAGCAUCCCUGCCGCUGCACACACUGUCAGCAAUGCCCCCGUCACAGAGUACAUGAGCCAGAACGCAAACUUUCAGAACCCCCGGUGUGAGAACACCCCUCUGAUUGGCAGGGAGUCCCCUCCGCCCACUUACACCUCGAGCAUGAGGGCGAAAUACCUUGCCACCAACCGGCCAGAACCCGACGACUCAGAAGUACAAUAAAGGCUGUUGGCUUGUGCGAAUCCUCAAAGACCAGUUUGGAGAUCUACAACCUCCAGGACCUCCUCACCCCUACCCCUUCCCCAAACCAUCUGUCAUGUUGUCGAAGUCCUCGCACGGCUUUGACACAGGGCACCCAGUCUUUUGAGUCAUUUCCUUAUUAUUGUUGAUGCACAAAUCACUUCAGAAAGAGAAGACUGAAAUUGAACGUGCUUAUGUUAUGUACUGUAAAUAUUUCAAUUCCCUGUACCUGAAACCCCUAUUUACGGCAGGUCUAUGUUAAGACAGAAAGGAAAUCUAGUAGAACAUUUGCGGCGUUGGAAAGGUCAGUUCUCUCCACCAGGGGGAAGCCUCGUUUUACUGUACAGUUAUCCUAAAUGUUUGUGGCUUCCUGGAUGUCUUCUUCUUGCAUUCUGGCCCUAGAGGGUUUGUGUACUUUGAAGAUGAUACUGGACAAACAUGGAGGGGAAACAGGCCAGUGACCUGUGAUGGACCUUGAUUUUUGAAGUUUCACACACCUUCACGUUUACUCCAGACAACCACUUCUUUAAAAGUGUGAAAUUGUGUAUAAGAGUGUGUUUAAUAUUUUUUUGAAGAAACAGACCACUAUGUUUACUAAUAACAGAUGUUGCAUUGAUUUUCAAUUGGGUUUAAUCUGGGUUUCAUCUGACCUAGAAAUGUAUGACUUCAAUGUAGACCGGAAAGAUCCUUGUAUUUUAUCUUCUGUUCAGGGUGCAGACCGCUUUGAAUCUAUGCUGAAAAUAAUGCAUUUUAUUCUUAUGUGAACCUUGCAUAAAAAUGGUGAUAAGCCAGUUGGCCUUGAGGCUGAAAAUGGCAUCUAAUUAAUGUAAUCAAUUCUUGUGUGUCAAGCUUUAAAAUGAGCUGGGAUUUCAGCUUGCCCUUCAUUUACCUCCAUAGCAACAGUUAAACACUUUUUAAAUCCAUUCCUUUUACUUUCUGCAUUGAUCCACACUUAACAUUUUAUUCUGAAAGCAACUGUGUGGCAAACACAGAAGUGACACUGCAAUUGCAGUGAGCUGGUAUUGGCAGUUAUUACCCACCGUUGUCUCCAGAUAUGAAGAAGAGAUGAGAUACUGAAAUUAUGUCCUAGUAUUCUAACAGGAUGAAGGAAACCAAGCCAAUCUUGAAUGAUUGCUGCUUGACUAAACGUGCUGGAAGGGAAUAAAUAUAAGAUAAAUGCGUUUUUUCCUUGCUUCAGAUGUAUAUCGCACAAUUCUCUUCAGGAAGAUGUGGACAUAGAGUUCAGGGUUAAUUAACGGGUUCUGUUUAUGAUGUACAGUAAUGAACGUAUAGAAACCUUUUGGCCAGAUUGCCACUCAGGCGACCAGUGAAAGCAUUGUUUUUGUUUUUUUGUGACAUCAUGUUUUUUGUUUGUAUUUCAGUUCACCAUGGGCAUAUGUGUAUCAUUACACUGGCGUGAUGAUGUUCCAAUUACCGUGUUUCGUAUUCGCUUCAGCAGGGUAACACUUAACGCCUGGGACCAGUGAUCUGUUGUGUUAGUCUAAUGCGUCUCUGGCUCUGUAUCUCCGUAGGGUUUCGCCAUCUAAGUGUACUGCCACUGAUUAUUUUGUGAUAAUGUGCUGUUGACUUCACUUGAAUUGUGAGCACUUGCGUGCACGUUAAAUGUGAACUGGACACGGAAUGCUGUCGAGCCUACACUUGGGUUCAGGGUUCCAGUCACCACUUUAAGGCAGUCGAGGAUGGCACAGAUGGAGCCAAACACACAGAGCGGGAAAGGGGCAUCUGACUUUCCCCUCGUUUUUCACCUGAGAAAGGGAAGCGGCUGAAAUGGAAUCCAGACGUGGAAAAAUGCCUAUAUUUUUCCUUUUUAAAAUGCACAUAGAAUCAACGUUUUGGUGCUGUUUAAUGGUGAUAAUGUGACUGACAGAACUAACCACAAUAGCUGUUGGUUUUCUUUUGGGGUUUUUUUUUUUUUUUUUUGUCCUGAACCUUUUUUUUAUGUCUUACAAAGAACCAAGCAAGCCAGGAAGUAGUAGUAAUGGUACAUUCCGCUGCAGUGACCUGCAGUCGUUUGGGUUUUUUCUCUACUGGAAAGCACAAGCAUUCUUGUUCUGACGUCCCUGGACUGGUUCUUGAAUUGGACCCUGGUCACAGAAGCCAGAAGGAAGCAAGCACACCUGGACAGAGGGCUGGCCUGUGGGGAACUGCUUUAUCAGUCCUCACUCAUAAGACUUAAGACUUAAGAACUGUAAGAUAUUUUGCUGUGAAUUCCAAUCUGCCAGUUUUCUAGUGCUAGUGGUUGUCUUCCUGUGUAUACAGUGGUCAGUGUGUUUGCUUGCCAAUGGAAACGGGCUCAGUUUUCUGGUUCCCUGCGAGCCCUCCAAGCCUCGUCCCAGCACAGCCUCUGCUGAACAAUGCUGUGUUCUUACACACCCUCUCACCGCACACACACAAACACACACGCGCGGCUCAACCAUUCACUUGUCACCCACAUAUCCAAACAUUGUCUCUCACAGCGCACAGAGGCAGUGAAAAGGCCUCCAUUUUGUGAGAAGAGUACUUUAUAUUUGGGCAAAUGUCACUGCAUAGCCAGAAAUACAGUAUAGCAGUUCUACCUAAAUGCUGAAUGCAAUGAGACCUCUUGCUUUACUGAGAUGAUAUUUAAGGAUGAAUAUUCGAAGCCAUGCAACCUUUGAGAUAUAAAGUGAAGGGAAAUUCCACUGAGCAUUUGGCCAUAGACUUUUAGCACUGAAGCAUAUUUUGGUACAUUUAACACAUGGAGGAUAUUUCCACAAACUGCCAAUGGCCAAAAAUAUGUGACCUUCCACUCGUUCCCUUUUAGGUUGAAGCCCACAAGUUAUUUUAUAUAGUUCAUUCACUUCAGCCUUUUGUAAAUUACUUGGAGGCUUAGACAACCAAAAGUCCAAUGUGAAAACUGAGCCCUGCUUUUCUAAAAAGAUCAACUCAUUUUUAUUUCCUGUGAGACCACUUCUUGUUAUAGACAAUCUUGCUGUUUUCAGUAGUCAUUUCUUUAUUAUUCAUUGCUAGAACAGUGUAUCUACAACGUAAUAUGUUUGCACGAAGAAAAAUCUGGUAAAAUGCAAAAUGCCUUUGUAAACAUUUUUAAGCUUUUACAUUUUCAUAUCGUACACGUUUUUAUUUUCAUUUCCCUUCCAUACCAUAUUUUUUGGAUUAUUAACACCACCAAUUUAUUUCUUUAUUAGUUGUGAAUAAAUACUUUUGCUCUUGCAUUUUUCUGUUUUUGACUUCUUUUUUUAACUUACUGUAGUUUUUGUUAUUAUUUUUAUUAUUUUGUGAAUACUAAGAUAUUGUACAUGUAAAAUCUGUGGAAUCAUUGAGCUUGAAAUCAAUGUUCUAAAAUGGAAUUAAAGUAACCUUAACAGAC